CACAGCGCGAUGGCGGCGGCUCCUUCAGGCAGCUGAAGGGGGAUUUAGGCCCGGAAGAUCCGAGUCCAUCCGCGGCGGGGAGAGGGCGAGCGCGGCCUUCGGGGGCCGGAGCAGGGGCGGCGGCGCUCGGACUGUCCCAUCCUCCCCGUAUUGUGGCGCUGGGCGCGGCGGGGCGGCCGGAAAGCGAUGGUGAAAGCAGGGCCGUGAGGGGGGCGGAGCCGGCAGCCGGACCCGCAGUAGCGGCAGGAGCGGCGCCGCCUCCCCGAGUUCAGACUCAGGAAGCGGCAGGGAGGGCAGGAGCGAGCCGGGCCCGCCGCCGCCAUGGAGCUCAGAGUCGGGAACAGGUACCGGCUGGGCCGGAAGAUCGGCAGCGGCUCUUUCGGAGACAUCUAUCUCGGUACGGACAUUGUUGCAGGAGAAGAAGUUGCCAUCAAGCUUGAAUGUGUCAAAACCAAACACCCUCAGCUCCACAUUGAGAGCAAAAUCUACAAAAUGAUGCAGGGAGGAGUGGGCAUCCCCACCAUUCGGUGGUGCGGGGCGGAGGGGGACUACAACGUCAUGGUGAUGGAGCUGCUGGGGCCGAGCCUGGAGGACCUCUUCAACUUUUGCUCGAGGAAGUUCAGUCUCAAGACUGUCCUUCUGCUGGCCGACCAGAUGAUCAGUCGGAUCGAAUACAUUCACUCAAAGAACUUCAUCCACCGUGAUGUGAAGCCAGAUAACUUCCUCAUGGGGCUGGGGAAGAAGGGCAACCUGGUCUACAUCAUAGAUUUUGGCCUGGCCAAGAAGUACCGGGACGCCCGGACCCACCAGCACAUACCCUACCGUGAGAACAAAAACCUCACCGGGACGGCGCGGUACGCCUCCAUCAACACGCACCUCGGCAUCGAGCAAUCUCGAAGGGACGACCUGGAGUCACUGGGCUACGUGCUCAUGUACUUCAACCUGGGCUCCCUGCCCUGGCAGGGGCUGAAGGCUGCCACCAAGAGGCAGAAGUACGAGCGCAUCAGCGAGAAAAAGAUGUCCACACCCAUCGAAGUGCUGUGCAAGGGCUACCCGUCUGAGUUUGCCACGUACCUGAACUUCUGCCGAUCCUUGCGUUUUGACGACAAGCCUGACUACUCGUAUCUGAGGCAGCUCUUCAGGAACCUGUUCCAUCGCCAGGGCUUUUCCUAUGACUACGUGUUUGAUUGGAACAUGCUCAAGUUCGGUGCCAGCCGGGCAGCGGACGACGCCGAGCGGGAGCGCCGGGACCGUGAGGACCGGCUGAGACACCCCCGAAACCCGGCCACCCGCGGGCUCCCUUCCACAGCCUCGGGCCGGCCGAGGGGGGCGCAAGAAGCGGCCGCUCCCACCCCACUCACCCCUACCUCACACACUGCUAACACCUCCCCGCGGCCCGUGUCCGGCGUGGAAAGAGAGCGGAAAGUGAGCAUGCGGCUGCACCGUGGCGCCCCCGUCAACAUCUCCUCGUCAGACCUCACGGGCCGGCAGGACACCUCCCGCAUGUCCACCUCACAGAAUAGCAUCCCUUUCGAACACCACGGCAAGUAGCUGCGCGUCCCCGUCGGAAGGCGGCACUGGAUUCCUGGUCGGGUGGCUUCCAGUGGUCUUCAGUCUGUCGUGCACCGAUGAGAGCGCCCCUUGUGCUGUGAAGGGCAGACACUGAAUGCAUGGCUGAUCCACUCUGUUACAUGGCUUUACUAGUGACGCUCCCUGGGCUAGGACUCCGGGCCACCCACUCAGCAACGCCCGCGGGGACAAACUAAACUAACCGGACAGACUCCCAGCGCUGCCGCCGCCGCCGGGGCUUCACUGAGGCCCACGCGGACUCAUGGUCCCGGGCCCGGGAAGAGACGUCGAGGGCGAGAUGCUGGCAGGACCCAGACUCCCGUCCGAGCCGCCGGCCCUCCCUGCCGCGGCGGCACUCCACGCUCCCCGACGAGUCUGCUGUGACCACCACCUUCUACUUGGUUCUGACAGUUUUGUAUCAUUUUGCUAAAAAUUAUUGGCUUAAAUCUGUGUAAAGAAAUCUUUUUAUUGUUUCUUCUUGUCUGUUUCUCCGGUCUUAAAAAAGGUGUUGACUUCAGAGAGUCCCGACUCAGACACCAGCGUGGAGUUUCUGUGUAGCCCGAGGUGGGCGCUGGGCACCUGUGCCACCAGCGAUGUGCCUGCGUCUGUGUGGCGUGACCCACUGUGGAGAGGGGCAUUCUCCAGAAAUCAUCACGUGUACACGUGUGUGCAGUGUGUGUCUGUGUGUGUUGUGUGCUGUGUCCUGUGACCUCACCUGGCUUUGGCCACCGCCCCUUACCCCCCCCCCGUAAACUGAGCCUCCAGGACUCCGACCGGUGGAGCCUUUAGAGAGUGUGGCCUCGGGCCAGGGCCUCGCGGUGCUCCCGGCGGGGAGGGGCCUGAGUGGCGGCAGAGGUGGGGGCGGCACUAGCACUUUGCUGAUGGGGUUGCCGCAAUGCCUUUGGACUGGGGGGCGUCUUCUGAACAGACUAACAGCGACGCAGAACGGCCCCUCGUGUGUGCUGACACCUGUGCGCUCAGGGCCGAGCCUGCGGCCGGCAGCCCUGGGUGUGGGUUGGCCCAGCAGGGGCCUGCGAAGGGAAUCCCCCCCCGGAAGUGCCAGGAGGAGGGGACCCCACGACCUGUGGGUCCAGGAGGGUGUGUUGUGCUCUCACGAGCCUGGGAGCUGCCAGGUCCCAUGUUCUCACCAGAAGGACCUGCAGAGCAGGGCCCCCGUGCUGUUCCCUGUCACGUUACUGUGUCAGACGCCCCAGGUGGUGGCAGCCGGGAGACAGGAGCCCUUCUCAGGAAAGGGGCGCACGUGUACACUCUUGGGUGCUCCCACCCUGCUGCAGUGUUUGGAGACCAGGGAGCUGGCUGGCAGUCCUGGGCCCGGAAAGCGUUGAGGGGGUGUCCCUCCUGCCCCGGAGCCCCACAGCACUGGAGAGCGGGUCCCAGGCACCAGGUGGCAUUGUGGCAGCGCACAGGGUUUGAUGGGGGCUGGAGGGUCAGGGCAGGUUGGGGCGCCCCCCGGAGGGGUGGCCACUGCGUGCAGCACCCUGCCCAAGUCCUCAGCAUGUGGCUGUGGACAGUGUUGCGUCCCGUGACAGCCCCCAGGAGCUGUGGUGGCGUGUCUGUGCAGCUGUGUCGGUGACGUGUCUGACCUGUGCAUUUGUGUGACCACUGUAUUUGUGUACUUACUACACCGUGUAAAUAAUAAAUAUAUGACGUCUACCUUUC